AUGAAGUCGUGGCUCUGGGGCGCUUCACUGGUUUCGACAUGGGGCCUUGUGUACGCUCAAACUGUCCAGUGGAGCAUUGAAGGUCGCCAUCCUCAACCACAUCUGGCCCGCCGUACCAAAACAACAUACGAGGAAGUUAUCAGCAAUGACAGAUCCGAAGGAGGCUACUUUACGGAAGUUACAGUCGGAAGUCCGCCCCAAAAAAUCACCCUCCAGCUCGAUACUGGGAGUAGCGAUGUCUGGGUCCCUUGGAAUUGCGCAGACGUAUGUACAGACAAGGACGAUAGGAAAGGCGGAUGUCCUCUUGGAAGCUUUGACCCUGACAAAUCCAAGUCCUUCAAGCAUGUUGCACCCGGCAUGUUCGGCAUCACCUUUGUGGAUGACAGCUACGUCAAGGGCGAUUAUUUCGAAGAUCACUUUGAACUGGACGGUGCAGUUAUCAAUAACUUGACUAUGGGCUUGGCUGUAAAGACAAACAUCUCUUACGGACUCAUCGGUGUUGGAUACGCCAAGAAUGAGGCUUCAGGUAGCACCACGGAUGUCAUCUAUCCCAACCUUCCUGUCGCAAUGUACGAAGCAGGCUAUGUCAACACAAUCGCCUACAGCGUUUGGCUCAACGAUUUGGAUGCCAAAGCCGGGACGGUUCUCUUUGGAGGCGUAGACACAGCAAAGUAUGUCGGCGACAUGCAUCGAAUCGACAUUCAACCGCUGGAUGGCCAUUACUAUCACUUCGUAGUGGCACUGACUUCGCUAGUCGCCACCAGCUCCAGCGGGAGUGAUAUCCUCACCUCAGAAUGUUUCCCAAUCAAAGCAGUCCUCGACUCUGGAACCACACUGAGCUAUCUACCCCACGACUUGGCGACCGAGAUUUGGAAAGAGGUCGGUGCUGUUUGGUCACCAUACUAUGGGAUUGCUGUUCUUCCCUGCGCUUACGGUAAGAACGACGGGAAUUUCACCUUUGGCUUUGCUGGCCCUGAUGGCCCUGUUAUCAGUGUAGGAAUGGAUGAGCUUGUUCUCACCAUGACCAGCGAUAGGGCCAACAUGCCUGUUUUUGAGUCGGGCCCCUACAAGGGCCAUACAAUGUGCUCUUUUGGCAUACAGAACGAUACCAGCGACCUUUACCUACUUGGAAACACUUUUCUUCGAUCUGCCUACGUUGUCUAUGAUCUUGUCAACAAUGAGGUUGGAAUUGCUGCCACCGACUUCAACUCUACGGCAACAAAACGAGUUGCGUUCAAAAGCUAUGGAGCAAGCAUCCCAUCCGCAACGACAGUGCCAAAUCAGCACAAAGCGACCGAGAACCCUUCUGUUUCAGGCCAUAACUUCACUGCUGCGGAUGGGUUCCAGGAGUCAGACUGGGAUUCGGAUGACGAAGAUAACGCAGCAUCAUAUCUGACACCCUCUGGAACGCCCUUGGUGAUGGUUGUCGCCACAAUGGGCUUUGUACUUUUAGGUGGAGGGAUCUUCCAUACUUUUUGA